CCGGGAAUAAUGAGCCGUCGGCCCCUGCUGGCCAGUAGCGCGCAUGCGGCGGCGAAACUGCUAGGAGGUGGUUAGCCGCCGCUGAACCGAAAGAAUGUCGAGGUGGACGUGAGUGCGUCAUGACGCCGCGCUGUCAGUAGGUGACCCCCAGCAGAGGGGUACAUCCGGGCCCCUGGAGAAGGAGGUGAGGCACCGCAGCAGGCAGGGGUCUCCAGGAUGCCUGGGAUGGUGAUAUUCGGGAGGCGCUGGGCCAUUGGCAGCGAUGACUUUGUCUUCCCGGAAGCCUUUGAGCUCUUUGUCAGGGUGAGCUGGUGGAUUGGCAUUCUGGUUUUGUAUUCGAUGCACAAAGCGCAGCUGGACUGUCCUGGUGGGAGGCUGUUGCACAGUUACAUCCUGGUCCUCCUCAUUCUCCUGGCAGCCAUCAUCUGCACUUUAUCUGCCAUCGUUUAUAUCAGCAUGCAAGGAACAAUUUCCAACCCUGGGCCAAGGAAGUCUCUUCCUAAAUUGCUCUACCUGCGCCUGGCCCUCUACUUGCCAGAGCUGAUCUGGGCUAUUGUAGGAACCAUUUGGGUGUCAGACCGCAACAUCGAUUGUGACAGGACUGUGAUAAAUACCAUACUUGGGACAGUGAUUGCCAGCUGGAUAAUUAUUGUCUUCACCGUUGUGGCAGUUGUCAUCGUCUUUGAUCCGCUCGGUGGGAAAAAGACCUUGUACCUUUCCAGUUGUCCCAGUCGCAACUUGGAGAGCAGUCAGUCAGACCAGCUGUUUUACAACGUCAAGAAGACAGCAACCAGAGUCUGGGAGAAAAGGAUCCGGUUACUGUGUUGUUGCAUUGUGCAAAACGAUGACCACAGAGUUGCUUUUACCAGCAUUGCUGAGUUCUUCCGUGACUACUUCUCGGACACCGACCUGGUGCCUAGUGAUGUGGCCGCGGGUCUGACUCUGCUCCACCAGGAGCAAGACAAGGUGGAGAACUGCCCUAAAGAACCGGAGGAGGUGCUGAUUCAGUCCCCUCUGUCUCCUGUGGCUGAUGAUCUGGAUGCCGAGAUAGAAAAUGCUGCGCACUAUAUGAAGUUUGCCGCAGCCACUUACGGCUGGCCGUACUACAUCAUGACGAACCCUUUUACGGGGCCCUGCAAGCUUAGAAGUGGCUGUUGUAGAAACAGCCCAGUAGAGGCAGAUAUCGUUGGCAGUGACCAUCUGAACCUGCACUUUGGAUCCAUCUUGCAAAUAACGGGGCUGCAGUACAGAGACUUCAUUCAUGUCAGCUUUCACAAUAGAAUCUUUGAGAUCCCGUUCUUUGUUGCGCUGGAUCACAAGAAAGAGGCCAUCGUGGUUGCCGUGAGAGGAACUCUGUCCUUUGAGGAUAUCCUCACGGAUCUCUCAGCAGAUUGCGAAACCAUAACUCUAGAAGAUAUUCUGGAAAACGGUCUUGUACACAAGGGGAUAACCCAGGCAGCCAACUACAUCUACAGAAGACUAAUAAACGACGGGAUUUUGAAUCAAGCCUUCACCAUUGCUCCCGAAUAUAAACUGGUUGUCGUUGGCCACAGCUUAGGAGGAGGAACGGCCUCCAUAUUGGCCGUUAUGCUCAGAAACGCUUUCCCAACACUAAGAUGUUACGCCUUUUCUCCACCAGGGGGUUUAUUGAGUAAAUCACUGGCAGACUACACUAAACAAUUCAUCGUGUCGGUCAUUGUCGGAAAGGACGUUGUCCCAAGGCUAAGUAUGCCCAAUAUGGAAGACCUGAAGAGAAGGAUCGUCAGAAUAGUUGCCAACUGCAAUAGGCCCAAGUACCAGAUCCUGCUGCACGGCUGCUGGUACGAAGUAUUUGGAGGAGACCCCGAUAACUUCCCCACUGAACUGGACGGUAGAAGCCAGGAUGCUCUGAGCCAGCCGCUCCUAGCCGAAGAGAGCCUCAUGAUUCAUCAGUCUCCUUCAUACACUUCUCCAGCAGGGGACGAGUCGCCUUUGAAUUCUCCGCUUCGGUAUCCUCCCUUGUUCCUUCCAGGCAGAAUCAUCCACAUCACAGAAGAAAACAGCACAAGGAGAUGGUGCACCUCAGAUGUCAAGUACAGCGCAAGCUGGUCCAAAGAAACUGCCUUUGGCAACAUUUUAAUAAGUCCGAAAAUGAUAACGGAUCAUAUGCCAGACGUUGUGCUCAAAGCUCUGAACAGCUUGGCCGAGGAAAGUGUCUCUUGCAUUUCCUGUCAGCCACCAGGGGACUUCGGCACGAACAUCGUAUAACUUCAGACCUAGGAGGGCAGCAGCUGUGGAUCGCCUGCUCCUUUUCCCCCUCAAGGGUUCACAAGACCUGCUGUUUUGUAUUCCAGUCUUAAACCAUGCCUCAACCAGAACCUGGGGGCAUGUUGGAGCGAUUUCAGGGUGAAGGAGCAAAUGCCUCACGCAGCAGCAGUUCUUCCGGAUUACCCAGCUUUACUGGGUAACUUCUACACGGAGCAGUGAUGAAUCCAAUCACCAGUGUCAAAAGGCACGGCAGUGUGGCAGUUGAACUGAAUAGCUUGACAGAGGAAGAAUACAGAUGGCAGUUAGAGUAAGUAAUCAUGAAGUUCCCAAACUUUAGGUCUGUUUCCACCACUGAAGUGGCAGAGGCCAUCCUAGGAGAACUCACGUUGUUUCGCAUAAUGAAGUGGGUCAUAAUGCUUGUAAAUUCCCAAGUAAAAGAUGUGACAGGGAGAGCAAAGUAUUACGUUGAAGUAUUAGCAAUAUACCCCGCAGGUGGAUAGGAGAGGAGCUGAGAGGGGUAGGAUGCACUCUAGGAACGUUUCAUUUUUCCUUCCUGCCGAAAGAAGGUUGCAUUUUAUAGAUACCUUUCUCGGGCUUCAAGUGCUGUGUGGAUACACGUGCAAUACUUUUGUUUACAUUGUCAGCCCUGCAGAGUGCAUAUUUAAGAGUUAAAAUAUCCAUUUCGGUUCCUAAUGGUAGGAGUCUGUGUCUGGCUUUCUACAGUAGGAUAUCCUUGAAUGCAAGGAGAUGUACCGAUUCACAAACCAAGAGUAUCUUAAACCCAAAUGAAGACUAAAAAUUAGUUCAGUUCAGAUGGUUCAGUAAGCAGGAGUAGCAGUAAGCAGAAACAUACACCACCACCACCCCCAUUCUAUUGCCCCUUCCGUGUACAACACCUUGCAGGUGGAAGAACAGACUUCAGACUACAGCAAACAGGUUUAUUUCCCAAAAUUCCACUAAAUGACUGAUUCCUGGUAAAUUACAAACUUCGCACAGCCUGCUAGAGUGUAGGGUAGAACCUCUUCCUGGUGUUAACUUCAAAGUGGUGGCAGCCACCUCAGUCUGUUCCAGCAAAAUUACAGAGGAGCUUUGAAGACUUAACUAAAUUCAGCCUUUAAGGUGCUCCUCGACUCCUGCAUGAGUUCUCAUCUGGAAGCAUUCAGCAUGGCUGAAGUGGUACAGCCCAUUCUGCCAUCUCAGGCUGUUGCAGAUUAGGACUUGCAGAGGCAGGGAAGGGGAAAAUAUUUCCACUGAGCAAGAAGAGAGCAGCAGAGUGGGAGGGAAAGGCUUCUGGGAUUGGAUGUUCUCAUUCUGACCCCAAAGUGCAACUUAACUAGGUUAGCAGCUGCUAUGAAAUUUCUAGAUCUUUCCAAGUAAGUAUACUUGGAUUCUCAUUUUAGUAAACAAGCACAAAUGUGCUUUGCCAGAGUUCUGUUUGGUCCAGAUUUUUCUGCUUUCUAUUCAUCUAUAUCCUUCCCUGCCUGUCCCUGGCACCUCUACACAUUUGGUCUAGGAAUGUAAAGCCUUUGGUCACUUUAAGCUACAACCCUAGGUGUACUUACUUAAAAGUAAGCUCCAUUGAAGUGAGACUAACUUCUGAGUAUCUAGCUUUGUUGCCAUUAAAUACACGAUUCUACAUGCAAACACAGUAGUUUUCUAUAAUGGAAUUUAUACUUCUUGGUUUUCACUACUUGGAGAGGGAUAAAGUGGACUACCCGAGACUGUCUUUUUUGCUCUAAGUCACGAUGAAAAUAGUUGGGGAUUUAAAUGCAUUUUGUUCAACCUGUUGUCAAAUCAAUGAACCCACUCUGGAAGAUGGGGUAUGCAAAUUGCACGUUUAAAAAUACAAGUUAACUAUGUACUUCUUAUAGGUAUUAUAUUGCAGUUGUGAAACUCUGAACAUAAUGUAUUUGAAUCUGUUAAAAACCAGUUACCAAACUAUUUUUGUUUUUGUUUAAACGAACAUGAAUCAAGUUGGAAUUUAAUGGUUUGAUUGUCGGCUUGACAUAUAAUUUGGACUGGUUAUCUGAUGGUUUUUCUUUAAGCGCUUCUGACCUGUAUUCUUGAUCAUUUGAUAUCGAACAGAUUUGUCUCCCAGAUGAAGUUUUUGCUUACUGAAUGUAACUCCCUGCAAUGUCAUUUUCCGUAAUAGUCCGAAUUUUUCAUUCCCAAAUAAAAAGGGAAAACCUGACU